AUGAAGCCUUCUCAAUACCCACACUUGGAGCUCGAUAUAUUCACUUGAUUUAUUGGAAUCAUUCUUGCCUGCAUCUUGGCAUUCUAUUAUCUCUACAAGUGUCUCCCCUCAUUCACUUUCGUACUAAGGGAUAAAGAGACUCAGGAUUCUCUAGAGAAGGAUCUGGACAAAGUUAUUAAAGAAGAUUCUACAAAAUUAAUUCAAAAAGACAGUCAAAGAGAAUUUAUGACAAAAGAGAAAAUUGAAGAUAAAACAAUUCUACAAGAACAAAUAAUUAAAAAGAAGGAAGCCUUGAAGAAAGAUAGAAGGUUAAAGGAAUUUGGAAGCAAUAAAGGGAUUGUGAACCCCGGCCUUGACUGAUUCUUAGUCAGUGCUUUGCAAUGUUUUGUUUCAAUUCCUGAAUUUUUUAGCCCUUAUGAUGAGCCUGAAGACAUGCAAUGCAAGGAAUCUGUUGGGGAAAUGAGUGUUUUGAAUGAAAUCAUUGCUUUUAGAGAAAGAUAUUACCAAGUGAGUCAGGAUAAAGUUAAAGUGGGAAGUAUGAGAAACUAUUUUGACCAAGAGUUUCCAAGAUAUAGCCAGCAUGACUCGUGACAAUACAUAAUGUCUUUGUUUGAAAUUCUACAAACAGAAAUAAAUAAAGAUAAAAUUAGUUCACCAUCAAAACAUUUGGAAACCCAUUCAGAAGUAUGGAAUGAAUAUAUAAAGAACCAUCCAUCGACUAUUGAUCAACUCUUUGUUGGAAUGUACGAGACUUGAUUUGUUUGAAAAAAAUGAGAAAACUCGGAUAUAGUUUAUGAGGAGUUCAAAAAUAUUCCUCUCAUUUGUAAUGAAGAAAACCCAAAUUUAGGAUUUGAAGAAUUUUUAACAAUGCCUGAAAACAUAGAAGAAUCAGAAUUUAUAUGAAGAAAUUGACAAGAAGUGUUUAUUUGUGAGAUCUUCAAGCAAAUCAUAAAAUUUCCAAAGUAUUUGAUAAUGGUAUUUCAAAGAAUAAAUCCGAUAAGCCAGUAUAAAAUAAACUCAAAUGUUUUCUAUCCACUCAGUUUCUCUCAACGGGUUCCUUCAACUAAAGAGCAACUUACUUACAAUCUUGAGAGCAUAAUCUCACACACAGGAACUCUGUCUAGUGGUCAUUACACUGCCACUUGCAAGCGUGACUCCAAAUGGGUCCACUUCAAUGAUUCGAGCUGUAAUGACUUGCCUGCUAACUUCGACCCAACAUCUCUGCCAAAUGCAUACAUCCUAUUCUACAAAACAGAAAGUAAUUGCGAUAUCUAAUUCAAUCGAAUUGUUCUGCAA